UCAUGGGAGGUGUAGUCCGCCCGCCGCGGGGCCUGAGGGGCGGCCGGCACCGGGGGGGCGCGGGCGGCGGCAGAACCCGCCGAAAAGCCCCGUCUCCGGCCGCCCGGCCCCGCCGCGGCGGGGAGAGCCGCCCCCGGCCUCCUCCCCUUCGCCGCCGCUGCGGGCGGUGAGAAGUGGGGAGCCCCGGGCCUCCCCUCCGGGUGUUGCCUCGGCGUGGGAGGCCGAGUCUGGUGUAACAGCGCGGUGCACGGCUGCGGGGGAAGGGAAGGCGUUAAAACACGGCUUUUUCCCCCCGAGCGUGGAGCUUACGGGUCUGCCACAGAUGAGUGACACAGUCUUUAAGAUACUCUGAAGCUUCGUAGGCUGGAUUUUCGCAGUGGGGACAGACCCAGGAUAAGCGUUUCCUAAGUUCUCUGAUUACCUUGCUGUUACCUGCCAUCAGAGCUGAUGGAGGAGUACUUCCCUGGGCACUUCAGGCUUUUUGGGCCAUAGGAGGGACGAGAAAGACAAGCAGGGAUUCAUUAAGAUUUCAGAUUUCAUUGCAGAAGGUCAGACCAGAGGAAAGGUCCAUCCCUGACGUGUUGCCCCUUAGCACCAAAUACCAGCUGUUUUUACUUUGAAGAAUCGGAGAGUCCAACUUCAGUGGAAAGGAAUGAGCUCUCUGCAUGCCCAGUACCUUACAGAAUCAUUUGAUGAAAGAGGAGAACGACAGUGAACAUAUUGCAGCAAUGUGGAAGUGUUUACAGCCUUAUUCUCAGCUGUUACCUUUUUCAAAAGGAUCUGAGGCUCAGGAAUGCAGCACCUCCGAGGACCACAUGUCUGGUGGCUUAAUCUCAGACCUCAAUUGCACAGGUGGAGGCUGGACAAGGUGCUGGAGGAGAAAUUCAUGGGGGAUUAUAAAAUAAACCCCCCACAUCUGGCCCAGGAUGCCCUGAACAUCAUUACCGAAGGCUGUGGAAGUAUAUGCAUGCACACAUAUACAUAUGUAUAUAUGUGUCUAUACUCAUGGAUAGAUACCGUUGCCCUGUUGUCAUACUUUUUCUUUGGCACCUGCCUCUGUCCCCAUCCCAAGCAGGAUGCUGGGAUGCUCUCAGCCUGAUUUCAUAAGUCCAUUCUUGUCUGUCAGGCACUUGGGUGCCUGAAUGUCCAUGUAGGUGUCUAAUACCCCACAGCCAGUCUCUCUGUCUCUCCCAUUGUCAGGCACAGCCUGACUCACGUCCCCUUCCUUGCUUUCCAUUUGGUCAUGUAAUUUCUAAACCACCUUCCUUCCCCGAUCCCCACCCAUGCAUGUGGAUUUAUUUUUCCCCAACAGCCAUGUCUUCCCCUGCUUUGAAAUCAUUCACAGAAAGCUAACAUCAACUUGGUUUAAUUAAAGCCCCUGCAUGUUUAUCCUAUCGUAAAAUCAUUUCCUUCAAGCAAUCUUCAUGUGAAGUUAUCACUUUGUCAAAACAUGAUCCAAAGCCACAGCUCAGGGCACGGUGGGAAGCUCACAAAGGGAGAGCCGAGUAGCUUGGGAAGUUUGGGUGAGCUGUUUGCUACAAGCUGCCGAGCCCACCCCUCCAAGACCUUUAUUUCCCCCUGCGGCAGCUGUCAUCUGAUCCCACGCUUUGGCUUUGAAUGGGGCUCUCUGAGGAUACCAGAUGUUGGGAACAAAGGUCUAAAAAUAAUCUUUCCAAAUAAUCUUCCCAUCUAUCAUUCAAGGAGAGCAUGUGCUUUGUGUGAACAUGUGAGCCGAGAACCUGAUCUAACUUUGAGUAAAGAAGUUCAACAGCAGCUCCUGGCUUCUGCUUGUGGGCUCCUUUGUUUUUGUUUUGGGUUUUUUUUUCCCCCCUUUCCCUUCCCAGAAGCUGCGCAGCGAAAAGCGGCUCUCACCAGCGAUCAGCCCUCGCUCUCCCUCCCUCCCCGUCUCCCUCCCUCCUUGCCAAGGCUCUGAAUCGUCUGGGUCCUGAAAGCCGUGCUGGGCUCCUUAUUUCAUCUCUCCUUGGGAAAAUGGAUUCCAGGGUGCUGUCAGAGAUGUGUUUCUGUAAGAAGAUCUUCACUGCAGCCAUGUGUGUCUUAGUUUUGCUGCCAGAUUCGGGCUGUGCAAGGAAUCUCUGGAAGCGUGCUCUACAUCUGAAAAUGACGGAGAAAUAUGAUGAUUAUGAGUACCCUCUUCAUUCUCACAGUUCCCACUACCAGAAGAACGACCGCUGCCCCCCGCCGCCCCAGACCUUGCCUGACCGAGCCUGCGAGGUGCCCAGCUGCCGGUCGGAUUCAGAGUGUGAAAGGCACAAGCGCUGCUGCUACAAUGGGUGCAUCUACGCCUGCCUGGAGUCUGUACAGCCACCACCAGUUUUAGACUGGUUGGUUCAGCCCAAACCCCGCUGGCUGGGAGGAAACGGGUGGCUUUUGGAUGGCCCAGAGGAAGUCUUACAAGCUGAGGCCUGCAGUACCACUGAGGAUGGAGAUGAGCCUCUACAUUGCCCCACAGGCUAUGAAUGCCAUAUCAUCAACCCGGGUAACAUGGCUGAAGGAAUCCCUAACAGGGGCCAGUGCAUCAAGCUCCGUGGAAAUCCGGAUGGACGCAACCUGAGGCAUAAGUAUUACAAGGAAUAUUUUGGAAGCAACUCCAACAAUGUGGUCGGCUAUGUGAAAAACCAGCAGAAGCACCUAGGCUAACCAAAGGUGUGCCUGGCCGGACCACUCUGUUAAGCAGCUGUCAAGGAAUGCUUUACCCAAGAGUUUUCUGUUUUGGAAGAAUCCUGGUCCCAAAUCUCCACGAGCACGUCUCCAGCAUUACCCUGAUCCCUGCCCACCAGUGAUAAAAAGACUUCGCUAGUCGAGGAACAGGAUGAGUCUAGAUUUAAAGCCUAUCAACAGGGGGAGAAAUGCGAUCCCCUGAAAGAAACCACACUGUUUAUCAGCGGCCCUUCUGCCAAUGAAAUGUAAAUACCUCUGAGCGGAUUCCUAUAAGCCACAGCGCCAUUAUCAGGCUGCUGGAGCAGCGCCUGCCCUUUAUGUGUGUGUUCCGUGGCCGAUUCGGAUUUCACGACCAUGAACAUAACUCAGUAUUACAAAAAUGAAGUGAUGUCAGGAUUGUACCUAAAUAUCGUAUCUAAGUUGCAUUAAAAUAGGCAAGAAUGUAAGACUAAAGGGGCUCUCUGGAUCCAAUCCAGUGCCCGCCUAUCUCAAACAACUGCUUUAAGUAAGCCUUUUCGUAAGCUUAAAGUUCAAAGAAACCCACAGGUUUCUUCUUUUCCUAUUUAUACCUAGGGUUCACCAGGUUUGACACCCAGUCUACAGGCCUAAACCUGAAAUCUUAAGAAUUUGAGGAACUCUGAGCUAGGAGCAAAACCGGUUUUAUAUGUGGGGUUUUUUUUUUAAGUUACUUUCCUUUAGCUUCUCAGCCUGGUGAGCUGCAGAUCGAGAGCUAAUGAUGGAAUAGAAUUCUUUCUACACUAUCUGAGUAGACACACAUGCAUGCCGGUCCUUUUAGGUUGUAGCCAGCACAGCUAAUGCUCACAAAAUGCACAUCUGCGUUGUUGUACCCGCAGGACCUCAGCAAGAGGGCUGAAGUCUGGAUUAUUUGUUGCACAUACUAGAAAAGAAGGAGCAGGAUAAAUCUGUGUGAUUAAAAGGCUUGUCUGGCAGAUGGGCAACUGCUUUCUAGAAGUCCUGUGCCUUUAUGUUGCCUUCCGUAAAUCCUUAAGGUCAAGUCAUUUGUACUUGGGCCUUACAGCUUCUUUUGGCUGUUCAGCGUUAUAAAAUGGAAAACAUUUUCUAUGACUGUUUUUCUUUUCUGUGGCAGUCCUAAAGGGACAGUUGCAUUUCAUUUUGACAAAUCUGCCAGAACUGCUAGGCAAAAGAAGCCAUGUUUGCUCCCUUGUUUAGUACGUGUCCCCAUCUGCACGCAUAAAAUUAGCAUUUUAAUAUGCAGAGUAGUAGCGGUGUACGUAAAUACCCAAUUCACAAAUACAAGUGCCUGCUUCCACCCACUAACGAUGGGAUUAUUUUUUUUUCCACUCACCAAAUGUUUUAAGCCAAAUCUAAGGCGCCUAUAAAACACUUGAUACUUUGCAGAUGACAUUUGCAGCUGGAGAGAUGAAAGUUGCCAAAGUGCUCUUCUGUUUCCUGUCCUGAACAGGCGCGCUCCUCGGCGCUGUACAGAGCAAAGGAGCAGAUGAAGGGCUCCACGUUUUCCUAAAUACCUUCCUCUGGUGAACUCCGUUCACUUCUUUGUGCCUUUGUGCCAACUUCUGGGUAUUAAAUGCAACACCAUAUUUGGAUAGAUCUAUUUCUAGAAUUUUAUCAUACACAGCUUCACACAAUGAUAUCUUAACUCCUGCUGAGAGACAGGAGUUUAUAGUUCCAGUCUCAGUUUAGGCUAGAAUCUUGCCGCUUUGCCGCUGACGCUACUUGACAACUUAAAGCGACACAGCUCGUAAUGAAAGCCUUAACUCAGCCUUGCUCCUCGGUGCUGCGCAGUGAAAUGGGUUGACUUUUUCCAGCAUUACUUUUUGCAGAAAAAGCCAAUUCUGAUUGAAUGAGCAAAGCCCUUCCAAGGUUACUGCUAAGUCCCAAAGAGUACAUGCCAAAUUGCUCUGUUUUAACAUAAAAAAUUCCGUGCCUAAAAAACAUCAGAGCAUCCAGUGGAAAAACAUGUCGUGAGCAUUAACAAAUUGGCAAGAUUAAAAUGUCAGAUCUCAACCUGAUCUUGCAAAGCAUCCAAAAAUAUGCUUAAUUUGAGUGGACACAUUCACUUCAGCGGUUGCUUUUUUGUAGCUACAAAAGCACAUACCUGACCACCUUGCUGGAUGGGAUGGUAAAGGUAUUUUCUACUUGCAAAAGGAACUUUUAAAAAAGAAAACUGACAAAUUAAUGGUUUGUUGAUGAACUUCUGUUUACUGGGUGUUAUCAAAGACAUCACCCUUCCUCAUGGUGCUAUAAUGCUUGGGGUGUUUUUCAAGUUAAUUCUUUUCAAGUUAUUGUCAAACUCAGAAGCAAAAGCCACAGAAGAGACUUGUCUGAACGCUGUGUUUUCAACGCUGACAUCCAUCACAUGUUGAAAACACAGAGCAAAUGAGUUGCCCUCAGCUUAUCUUCUCUCCAAAAACAAAUGGCUUGACAACAGCCUUGCGAAGCACAGUAGCAAAUCACUGACGCAGGUUGGUUUUAAUGUUCCCGUGUACACUUUAAAGCAUGUUUGGUGCUAUAAUAAACUCAACGUGUAUCACUGUGUGCUAGCAAUGCUCGUGGCCUUCGGGAUCCUCAAGCGCUGCCGGCGGUGCCAGCGGACCUGCUCUGCCUUGCAGCAGCUGAGGAUCUGCGGCAGCCCCAGGCAGGCCCCUCCCGGCGUGUGCCCCUGGUGCUUAGACAUGUACAGGCUCUGCCACUUCGGUGCUCAAUAAAAAGUGACCAGUAUAUUUUUCAACUCUG